AUGCAUCCUCUCGUAGUUGCUAUGCGGCCAUGGACCUUCCCUGCUGCUCUGGUUCCUGUCCUCCUCACUGUCACUCUCGUCCACAGAUCUGGAGUGGCAUGGAGUCUACCAGAAAUGAUCAGAGCAAUCUUGCUGGGGGUGAUAGUUCAAGCUGCAUCUAACGUGAUCAACACGUAUUGGGAUUACGAGAACGGAGUGGAUGGGCCCAACGUUGGAUCGGGCGCGGACCCUUCAGUCGUGCUCCCCCACAAGGUCGUGCUGGUGGGCGGAGGACUGAAACCUCGUUCGGUUCUCGCGCUUGCACUGGUGCUUUACGGCUCCAGCCUCCUUGUCCUCUUGCCAAGGUUCAGCGAUGGAUAUCGGAUCCCGCUGCUCUACUUGUGCGGCACUUCUCUGUCCUACUUCUACACGGCUCCUCCGUUCAAGCUCAAGUACUUUGCGCUGGGAGAUGCUGCGAUCUUCAUAGCGUUCGGCCCUCUCCUUGUCUACUGCACUAUCCUCCUGGUGGCCCCGAAGAGUGUCGAUGCCCUCUGGGGGGAAGUCUUCGGCUACACCAUCCCUUGCUCUUUCAUCUGCGAGUGCAUCUUGCAUGCAAACAACAGCAGAGACAUCGGAGAAGAUUCAAAGGCUGGCCUGGUCACUCUGGCUACGAUCCUCGGAUUCAAUGGGAGCAAGAGAGUUUACGUGGGUCUCAUUACUGCUGCCUACGUCACUGUGAUCAUCAUGAGUGUGGGACAGAGACGCCUCGGAAUGAUGAUGGUUUUGUUGUCCCUUCCUCUUGCCUUCGACGUCAUCAGCCGGUUCACCCAUGACAUCAACAGGAUGGCAGAUCUCCCCAAGAGAACGGCAAAGCUUCAUAUGGCCUUCGGACUUCUGCUCAUUGUCGGGGUUCUGAUCAAUUGA